AUGGAAAAGCUCCCCAAAUCAGCCGCCGCGGCCGCCGCCUCAGACGUACCGAUAGACGUUAUUCGUGGUAUACUCUUGUGUCUCCCCGUCAAGUCGGUGCUACGUUUCAGAUGCCUAUCGAAAUCAUUGUACUCUCUGAUCAAUGAGUCUCACUUUAAAAGAUCCCAUCUCCUUCAAUCACAUGAUCAGGUAUUGGUUCUCCAAUGUCCGGACAAGUAUUAUAGUUUCUAUGACGGACCCUUUUUUGAUGAUAUAGUUUCAGGAGAAUCUACACAAAUGGAAUCACUCUUCACCCCUAUUCUUGCUCCAUCUAUAUGCUAUGGCACCAAAUUAUUGGCGGCUUGUGAUGGCUUGUUACUCUUGAGAAACUGUGAUAACUAUGGCCAGUUAACUUUAUUGAACCCUUCGACUAGAGAGUGUCGUUACUUACAGGAUCUUCCUAUGUUAACGAACAGUAAUUUUAACAUAUCUGAUUACGACUUGGGUUACGAUUUGUCAACGGAUGACUAUAAGGUACUUCUCCGACGGACAAAUAUUCUCCGUGGAAUUGUGCGCGAGGCCAGAAAAGAGAUUAAUAUUCUUUCCGUGAAAACAAAUUGUUGGCGGAAGGUUAAAGAUUUCACGGUUACCAACUAUAACACUGUAAAUCUAAACGGAUCUCUGAAUUGGGUGAAUAUGCGCUAUUGCAAGGGUUCACCAUGGUCCAAAGGUAUGUUUUCGAGCAAGAUAGUUUCGUUUUCGCUAGCAAACGAGUCGAUAAUAGAGAUGGAACAUCCUUAUUCUUACAAUAAAUUUUCAUGGCUGAAUUUGGGUGUUUUGCAAGGAUGUCUUUGUUUAACAGUGAUCGGUGAUCAGACACGCUCGCUCACCAUCUGGUUAAUGAAAGAAUUCGGAGAGACAAGCUCGUGGACUAAGGUUACUACCAUAGAGUCACAACUAGAUAGAGCUGAUGUCUCAAAUGAUAUAACUCUAUUGCCACUAAAGAAUAUGAACAGAAUAGUUUUCUUAAGUGACAGAUUAUAUCAUUGUGCUGUUGAGCUGCUGAUUCUGGAUGAUUUGGAGGCAGAAGAAGUCUAUAAAAUUGUUAAGAUUACCAAUUUCCCAAUGCAUAAGUUGCCUCAUUUGGUUACAUUUUCAAGGAGUUUAAUUUCUCCAAAUUGA